AUGAAUUCGAUUCCGUCGAGCGCGCGGCUCAACCGCGAGAUGAACGACCUGCAAGUGCUCUGCACGCUCGCAAACGAGCUGGCGGGAUUCGUCCCUUUCUCUCCCGGAUACGACCGUAGAAAGACUUCCGCCAAGAUGACUGCCAUGCUCAUUGCGUACGAUCGUGCUGCCUUCUCCACCCUUGCUUGCGAUCCACUCCUAUGCGUGCAACAGCGGCGCACUGACGUGAUACGCGUCGUGGCGCUGUCCAUGGGCACAUUCUCCUCGGUCACGAAUGUUUGCCGCGAACUGAAGGACAUCAGUGAUGUGCCGGAGCAGAUAAUGCGCACAUUCUGGCCUCGCAUAGUCGUCUGGGGCGCCGCGCUGCAUCCUACGCACGGGCACCUGACAUUGGCUGGAUUUGAUACCAAGCCGGCUUUGGGGAGCCUUCUGCAGGCCUACAGCAUGCUCUGUCUUGACAGCAUACCCAUUCUCAAGCCAUUCCUCCACGCGAACUCGGCCUUCGUCUCGGAAGCCCUCGAUCUAUGGCUGUAUUUCCCGAGAUACCUCCCACCAUCGAGUAUGGAAACAACUGCGAUGGUGACGAGCACUACGCAUACCAUCAGGGCUCUAUUCAAGACGCUUGUAAGCCCCAACUCCAGAAUGCCGGCUCACGACAGGCCCACCAGCGAGGACCGGACGCUCUUCGUCGCCGCCCUACGCCGCGUACUUGACAGGAAGCGCGACCUCUUGCUCGCCAUCGCCGCGCAGACCAAAUUCAUGAUCAAGUUGCGCGAUGUGGCUUCCCUGGCAGAUCUCAUGCCAACUACGCAGGAAUCGUGGUCCGUCUACUUCCGCGUGGUCAUCGAUCUCGUCGCUCUUCCGGACUUGAAAGGAACGAGUAUACCUGGAGACACCAUCACAUCCAUCGUUAUCGCAGGCAGGAACUGCUCGAAGGAGCGAAAAACUGGAGAAGGUGCUAUGUGCGCUAUCUACUUGCUCGAUAUAUUGUGCCGCAGCGCCAGAUCGAACCGCCCUCUCGCGCGAGCCGUUCAGGCGGGACUCUUCGACCUCUUGCGCGCCAUCCCCGCGGACUGGAAAAUAGAGGAACAUGAUAUCUCGGACCUCAUUCGACUCGUCUGCUCAGGGAUACACUACGCUCGGGUCAUUCGCGCAGAAAGGGAUGGCGCCAAACUAUGGUCUGUCACGCAGGAAUGGGUCCUCAUAAUCGCCUUGUCGAGGUCUGCCCAUGCGGGGACACAUUCUACUGCUCAGGAAGCUGCCAACGGAUGGACCAUAGUCAUCAUCGCGAAACUUGUUGUGGAUACCGGAAAGCGUGGGGUUUGCGAGCCGAAAGGCGCUUUGUCCCUCGCGGAUACGCUUCUGAUCUCUGCUGUCGCUCAAUUGUAUGUCGCGCGCAACAGGAAAGUGCUCUCGAGAAAAACAAUGAAGCUACUCGCGCGACAAGAUCAGCCGGGGAGACCAAUCGUCAAGCAGGCCGUCAUCUACAUCGAUCUGACCGACGUCCUUCCCGAGGCGCGACACGAGGUAUAUGCUAAGACUUCGUAUAUCCCAGAAGGGGCAUGGGGAGAUGUGUUGAUAGAGGUUUCCCUUCGCGUCGGAAGGAAUUCGAUCACGCGGACGUUGCCGUUUGCCUACGACUCUAAACUCCUCGAUAUCUAUGCCCGAGUGUAA